CUGUCCUCUGCAGUGUUCAAACUUUUAAAAUUCUUCCCGUCUUUUCUGAACAGCUGUAAAUGAUCAUUAAUAGAGACGGUAAUCUGACUCUGUGUGUGUGUGUGUGUGUGUGUGUGUGUGUGUGUGUGUGUGUGUGUGUAUAUAUAGCUCGGAGGUUCCAGGUGUUGCAGAUGUUGUGCGCUCACCUGCAGGAGCUGCUGAAGGAUCACAACGGUCUGCGUCAGAGGCUGAUGAGGCCGCUGGCUCGCACCAACCUGCCCGUCCAGGCUCACCUGCACAGGUCCGUGGUGGACUUGGUGAAGAUGCUGCUGGACUUCAUGGAGACUCUGGAGGACAAGCUGAACUCUGUCUGCUGCAGUCCCGCUGCCAGAGACCACCUGUCUCAGCUGAACACGUCUGUGGCUCAGUUACUGUCUCACGUGGCGGACGUGGAGACUUUGUCCAAUCAGGUUCUCCAGAGGACGGACGUCCACAGCAGCGGGAAGAGUGCCGUCUCGUCAUGAUGUCGUCCUCCUGCUGGACGGACAGGACGUUGUCUUGUUGGACAAACACAGAAUUCCCCAGAUGGACGUUUAUUAAUUAUUAACAUUAUUAUUAUUGUGUCCGAUGUUCAAGAGCAGAUUUUUUU